GGUUCGAGUAAAGAGAACGCCCCCCUCCUUCAGGCGUCUCGUCGAACACCUAACCGACACUCUUCAAAAACCCUGCUCGACCUUAUUGGCAUUAAAAGAACCUAAAUUUCCUGAUUCCCAUCGACAACAUCUCCGCCCCGUAUUUCGGGUGGUGAUUUCCGGCCAUCGUAAUCCUUCACGGCACAACUUGCAGUACAUGUUCAUAGCAAAGAGACCGGUGAUUCGACCCGAGCCCGAUGAGCCGACGCUCCGAGCGCAUUCGGAUGAACGUGGGGAUGGAGGGCCCGAAGAAGCAGCCGCCGGCUGAAGCGUAGCAAGGUGGGGAUGUGGGCCGAGAGCUAAAGCUUCAUACAAGAGGAGAGGUGGUUAGGUUGGUCCGUGGACGAGAAGAGGAGUCCAAAGAUGUCAUUUUGAAGACCCCAUCGAUAAUAUAAACCUUGAUAAGAAUCUUGUACAUAUAUGUGGUUAAUACAACCUUGAUUCUUUUCUGUCAAAAUAAUCUUUGGUACCUCCGACCUCCCCUCCCAUCCCACGUCUUCCCGAGGAACCUAUUCUUUCUGCUCUCACCUGCUUAAAAGAGACCUUCUUUGUCUCACAAAAAUCCAAUUAUUAUCCAGUUUGCUUCCAACUGUUCUUUCUUCUGUUUGAUGGUCUCUUCAUCCUUUCUUGAUUUCCGAUCAUCCGAGACGGAAAAGUUUUGAUCUUUGCAUUCUUAAUGUCCUUUCUUGAGUUCUGAUCAAUCGAGAAGAAGAACAAAGAUUGAUCUUUGUAAACAUCGGGAAAAAAGUAAUUUACGGAUUCGACGAUCUGCGAUCGAAGCAGCCGGCGGGAGAUCAUGUCGUCGUCGUCGCCGCGGUGGGUGGAGGAGGUAGCAGAGGAGGAGGCGUUCGAGCACACGCUGCUGGUGGUGCGGGAGGUAUCGGUCUACAAGAUCCCGCCACGGAGCACCAGCGGCGGGUACAAGUGCGGCGACUGGCUGCAGUCCAACAAGAUCUGGUCGGGCCGCCUCCGGGUCGUCUCCUGCGGUAACCGCUGCGAGAUCCGCCUCGAGGACCCGGGCUCCGGCGAGCUCUUCGCCGCCUGCUUCGUCCUCCCCGGCCAGCGCGAGAGCUCUGUUGAGCCCGCCCUUGACUCCUCCCGCUACUUUGUGCUGAAGAUCGAGGACGGCCGCGGCAAGCACGCCUUCAUCGGCCUCGGGUUCAACGAGCGCAACGAGGCCUUCGAUUUCAAUGUGGCCCUCUCCGACCACGAGAAGUACCUGAGGAGAGACCACGAGAAAGAGGCGAGCGAGGAGAUCGAUGAGAGCCAGAUCGGUAUACAUCCCUCGGUGAAUCAUCGCUUGAAGGAAGGAGAAACCAUUCGCAUAAAUAUGAAGAACAAACCUGCUACGGGAGGUGGUAUGCUUUCAGCUGCUGGCUUGAGUGCAGGAAUCUCGAGCAAACCAAAAGGGAGCACACUCCUUGCACCACCACCAGGUGGGGCAGGAAAGGUCAGGUCGCCUCUUCCACCACCACCUAACGAUCCUGCAGUUGCUAGGAUGACUGCAGGUCAUCCUGCUGGAUUCAAGGCUCCCAAAGAAUCUACAAGGCAUCCUACUGAUUCUUUCUCUGAUCUUUCAGCCAUCAAGAGAAAUCUGCCUUCUACGACUGGGUCAGGUUCGAAUAAAAACACAGCAUCUGGAUGGGCAUCAUUUUGAUGCAAAGUAACAUCAUCUACUAAGGGAACAAUACGCAAAUGCUCGCAUUUCCUAAGUAUCUAAAGAAUGAUUACAGGAAAAUUACUUGUUCUUAUUUUAGUCAUGGAUUGGACUGUCAAGUGCUUGGUGUAAGUGAGAGCAACCUUCUUCUUUUUCAUUUCCAUGAAACCGAUGUAACCUGAUUCUGAUCUUAUCUGUAUACAAGACAUUGUUGAAGUUCCUUAAAGGUUGUUUUGAAUCUGUGCUGUAUUGCUU